AUGAACCGUCAGAAUAAAUCCACUUAUAGCGAAUAUAUUGCUAAGGCUGAAGACUUAGCUGAUGAUGUGUUAAGAUCUACCAAACGCUAUCUGCCGCAUAUCGCUCGAGUUUGCCUUAUAUCUACCUUUCUGGAAGAUGGAAUUCGUAUGUGGACGCAGUGGUCAGAACAACGCAAAUAUAUGGAGGAUCUAUGGGGCAUGGGUGGUUUCUUAAGUUUCUUAUUUGUCUUAAUCAAUUUGAUAGGCCAGAUUGCUGGUUGUGCUAUGGUACUAUCUCGAAAGAAAGUUGAAAUUGGUGUUGGUAUACUCGCAGGUGUCGUCGUACUCCAGACUAUUCUGUACAAUGUCAUCUGGGAGCUUCGCUUUCUAAUGAGAAAUUUCGCUAUUGGUGGCGGUCUCAUACUUCUCUUGGCUGAAUGCAAAGGGGAAACCAAGAGUAUUUUUGCUGGUGUACCACGACUGGAUAGCAAUACCCCACAGACUUACUUACAGUUAGCUGGCAGGUUGCUACUAGUUUUUAUGUUUAUGACCCUCUUUCGGUUUGAUGUUAGUUUCAUUUCUAUCAUACAAAACAUUUUUGGAUCAACUUUAAUUAUCCUUGUUGGCGUUGGCUUUAAGACUAAAUUAUCCUCGCUGGUUCUAGUUGUUUGGUUGUUGUGUGUUAACUUAUACCUCAAUCCAUUCUGGAUGUACAGCGCUGACACAUUCAUUCAAGAUUACCUCAGAUACGAUUUCUUCCAAUAUAUGUCGGUUAUUGGUGGGCUUUUACUGAUUGUUGCUCACGGUCCAGGUGGCCUCAGCGUUGAUGAUCAAAAGAAGAAAUGGUAA